AAAACAAAACGAAAUCAGAAACAGACGCGUUUGGAUUAACGAGAAGGUAGGAAAUGGAUGACUGCCACGGCAUUGCACGCAGUAGUGUUGUAGAUGUAAAGAUGGACGCCAGAAAACUGCUCUCGUGUUAUGUUACCAACGUAAAAUGGCAGAUAUUCAGCAAAAGAUGAGCGAUGCAGGACGAGUUAGACCGGGUCAAUUUCAUCCCACUGCCGAGUUCUGGACGGCAGCUAUGCAUUUAUCAUUUAUCUCUGAGCCGAAGCCUAAGUUUCUUCAUUCCAAAAAGAUUCUCAAGCCAAUUAUUUGUUUUCAGUAGUUGGCGCAUUGCUUAAACACACUUGCAGAUUAUUUCAAACCAUUUAUGUAUUACACAGACACGACCGUUUCACCAGUCGUAAAAUUCAUACGAAACCACAUCCGGGACUCGGGUGGCGUAUUUUCCAUAUCCGCAGUAGUAAAGAUGUCGAUGACUCCACUGAUAUCAUGUUUGACCUUUUAAAACUGUACUUAACCUUGUUGGUGUAUGAUCGAAACGUCUUCGGAUCUUCCUCAAAAGUCUUCGGACAUCUUCGGAAAUUUUCGGGAACUUCGUGUGCUCUUAGAACAGUUUUGGGGGAAUCUUCGGAAAGUGGUCGGAGAUAUUCAGAACAUCGUCGAAAACGUCGUUAUCAGUACGUCAAUAUAAUAAACAAAAUAAUACAUGGUUGCUUGUAGAUAUGGAAUAUAUCUUCUCGUGUACGCGUUCAACUUUAUAUCUCACUCGUUCGCUGCGGUGAAGGUGAACACUCGAAGGUAAACACCCGAAGAGAUAUUCCAUAUCUACGCUCACCUAUGUGUAUUAUCCUCUAUUUAUUGGAAGCAAGGAGUUCAUCACAUCAGAUUCACCGAAUUUUAUCGAUUUGUCGACCGAGAUAUCGAUUGAUUAUUCCGGGUAGGAACAUGUGGUAAGUCCUGUUAAAGAGCGUCUGCGUGGCCGUGGGAGACUAGCAUAGGUUUUGCCAAGAUUGCUUCAUUGCUCACAAGCUGAAUGAAACACGAGCUAUUUAUUCAUUGAAGGAUGCUUGUUUACCCAAGAGGACAUGACUAGCACAAUUUAACAGAUAUGACCUGAAACAGGCUAUUUAGAGUGGUAAGAUAAUACCUGACGUGUGGUUUGUGUGACAGGAAUUUGGCAACUGAACUGUGCAUACUAAAAGCUGGCACACGUACUAAAACACCAACUAAAAGUAACCUACUUCCUUGAAGAAGAAUUAAGAAAUUGUCAACUUGGCCAGACUGGUUUCUCAAAAUGCGAUUUUUGUUUGCAGCUUGUUUUAGCGCAACUUUGUUCGUUCUGAUCGCUGAACACAGCGCCGAAUCUGGCAGGUGUGGGGAGACGGAUGUCUGUUCAGCCAUUAAGGCUUUGGAAACGAAACUGGAAGCGAAGUUUGAAAAGCUUGUCGCGCUGGUUACCCCACCAGCUGUUCCCGCUUCUUCCUGUAAGGAACUGUAUGACAAACACAAUUUGCGAGUAAAUAAAGCCUACGUGCUGCAGACUGACAGUGGAAAAAUCCCUGUGUAUUGUCACAUGACCAGCCACGGAAUUGGCGCAUGCGGAGGAGGCGGAUGGACACUGGUCAUGAAAACUGAUGGCAGCAAGGCAACCUUCCACUACAAUUCUCCACCCUGGACCAACAAGAACGAGUUUAACUUACCAGGAGGCAAGACUGGGUUUGAUUUCCAAGAGACCAAACUACUGACCUACUGGAACACACCCUUCUCCAAGAUCUGUCUUGGUAUGAAGAUCGGCCAACAGAUCAAGUUCAUGGUUAUUAACUGGCGCGCCAACUCUCUGUACUCAUUGAUCGCUGACGGGCGACACCGCCCGACCUCACUGGGUCGUAACACGUGGAAGAUGCUGAUUGGUUCAGGGGCUUCUUUGCAGCUCAACUGUAACAAAGAAGGCUUCAAUGCUGCAGGUGGUGCUCAGGGCUCGUCCAAAGCAAGGAUCGGUUUCCUGGGUAACAACGAAGACAAUUGCCACAGCCCUGACUCGAGAAUCGGGUUUGGUACAGGAGGAUAUCAUGAUGACUCCAACACGUGUGGAAACGAGGCUAAAGAGGACGCGAGUUCAGAUAAUGGAGGCAAACACAUCAAAGCCAUGGGUUAUAUCUUGGUCCAGUAAUGAGAACUCUGUAUGACGAAGCCCUAUCAAAGAAUCGUUUGCAUAAAAGCUUCCAUUUUUAGAGAAUAAGUGUACUGUAGACAAAUAUUAAAUAAAAAAGUAGUGAUA